UUGUUCAUCGUUCGAAUCUCAAGAUGCUGGUGAAUUCGGGGAGAUUUAACCGAGACAUUUAAAUUGUACUUGGGAAGUUUGGGCAUGUUUUCAUCCGUUCAAGCAGUGUUCCUGUUCGAUGUGAAUAGUUUCUGUGACAAAUGCGAGAGCGAGAGUGAACUGGAACAAAAUGUAGCGAAAUUAAAGCUCGGCAGCCUGAAGUUGUUGACAGAGUUUGGCGCGCAAACUGAGAAAGGCAUCGAAGGAGUGAGAUGGUCGGCCAAGUAUUAUCACUCGGCCAAUUACAAACCCAAUACCAGUCGCAAGAGUUUCGUCGAUUUUACGCGCACUUCAUUCGAAGAAUUCGAAAAUGCAAUUGCAGACUGCUUCUGCGAUGCUUUUGACAAUGACACCCAACCUCGUAUGUUCUCCCCGAACAGUUCCAAGUCCCACUGUUUUAUCCUGAAGAAGGCCCUGCAGGAGAUCGUGCUCGACUACAAUUGGGAUGGGCCAGACAUCAGCUCGCCCGUUAAAAAGACAACGGGUAGGAGGAGCAAGACCAAGAAUGGAAUAUUGCCCGAAAAUGUCGGGCCAUACAACACGGUCGUCGUUUUUACCAACGUGCCCCUGACCUUGGCCUCCGUCAGGGAGUUCAUCUUCGGCUCACGAACGGUUGCUGAUGGGCCCCCCAAGCGCCCGGAGAUCAGUGACGCAGCAGCGGAGGACUAUUUGGGCAGUAUCUUAGAUCAGGCCACUCUCAAAAGCUUCCAGGAGGAUAAAAUCCAUUUGAGUUUCGUAGCUGUCAAUGCGAGGCGUGAGGUCUCGACAGACGGACCCCAAGGCAAUAAGAUUUUCAGCAUAAUACACUCUGGGCUGGGCAGGAUAGGCGGAGGGCUCCACUUGAUCGAGAACAUUGUCGAGACUUCACACUUGGAAGUUGAAAGCCUUGACAGAAAGCCAUCCAAGGGAAUAUUCCCAUCUCAGUCCCCAAGUGCCCAUUCGAUCUGUCUGCGAACCCCGUGGUGGAGGAAGGGCAAGGGUAGUCGACCUCGGAGACCCCAAAAGGGCCCUACGUUAGUCUGGGAAGAUGCAGAAGGAAUUUCAAACGUCCAGGUGGAACUGGAAGUCUUGGCUGUACAUGGAAGCUCUUCACGUGGCUGGGGAAGUGCGUCGGUGGUUGCUGUCAUGCGGAGUGCCUCCCUGAGUUUGUUAGCUAUGGCUAAAGGAACAGGCCACUUAUACGUUUGCCAUGCACCAAAUACUGUUUUUACUUCGAUCAUACAGCUCCUUAGUAAACACCAGUUAUCAAUGUUGCUGAAGCUUAGUUGUGGAGGAAUUGCAGUUUUAAGUCCAUGGGCUGGUGGUGUUGGUAGUUUAGCAGUUGUGUCAGCGUCUGGCCUAGCUACCCCGCCUGUCAUGUAUAAGUCAGGUGCCCAAGACUCAAAAAUGAAACAUCCGUCAAUCUUGAAGUUUGUAACACAGGCAGUAGAAAAAUGCUUAAAGCUUGCACCAGCACAUUCUUCUGCAGAGCCUGCAGUAACAGAAAGAAGGUUUGCUGCUCAUUACACAGAAAGAUGGUUUAAACCGCUGUUAGCGUGUGAGGAUGCAGUACAGAAAAUUGUGAAAAAGAAAACGACAAAAAUAGAAAGACUGGCAAUGCAAGAACGGCUCCAAAAGAAAUAUAGGCCACAGAUACCACGUGCUUUAGCAACUGGCGAGAUAGAAAGAGUGGAUUUGGUGGAUAUCACUCAGCCUCCUACUGAUCCAGAACCAGGUGUAAAUACCAACCCCAACAUGUCAAGAGCUCAGCAGUUAGUGAAAAAAUCACACAUUGUUACAGCACAGCAGAAAGUAAAGGAACAACUUGCAGAGGAGGAAGAACGUGUACAAGCCACAGAACGCAGAGCUGCACUUGCUUCUGAGCAAGCUCGAAAAUCUCAAGCCUUAGAAUCCCAUAUUUUGAAUACUGUUUCUGAUCCCCAGAAUACUGAAGAACUAAAACGGUCUCUGAUAGCGUUACGAGAGUCCAGUGAUGGAGAAACUGAUUCUUACACUACAGCCCAAACCAUCAUUAAUCUUGCUUUAACACAUAUUAAGAGUACUGGCAGCAUAACUAUAGAGGAUGACCUUGGUAAGGUCUUGGGUGAUGGCGUUCUUCAGUCAGCAGGAGUAGUCAAUUCGACUUACACAGCAGAUUCUCGCUUGAGUCAAUACAAGCUGCAGACUUUAUUUCAUUUGGAGCUGUUAUGGUUGUUUGGAUGUUCCUCUUCGUGCAUGUUGGAUGGGGAAGAACAAGACAGCCGUGGAGGUAAUUUAAGAGAGCAUCACAUAGGAGAAGCAGUGAAGCAUUUACGAGCCAUAUCUUUAAACCACAAUCCAUCCACCAUGGCCAGUUUUUUACAAGAAACUUUGUUAGAGAAUUAUGGCGAAACUUUAGGAGAGGUUUUAGUUGAAAUUUACGAAGAACUGAACCAGCCCUUGCCAGAGGAGCUGCGCAUUCUCACUGGAGAUAUAAGUUCGGUUUGUGAUACUAGGCCUUCAUCUGUUAGGUCUCUAGGAAGUGUUAUAGGCGAAGAAAGUAAUGGUACUCCUGACAACCCAGACUCGAUGAAAUCCCGAGAAGAGAAAAGAUUGACAAGACAUCCAACUCUAAUGGAACCCAGUAAACACAGACUGGUGGUGCCUAUCACUAACCGAACGCUAAAACGCAAUGACAGUGAACGAACUCGGGUACCGUCAACAACGAGAAGUAAAGAAACAGCAGACCAUGAAUUUCAGAGGGUGAGACGAAAUUUGUUUGACUGGACAGACUCUGCUCCAAAAUCUAAGUUAAGAAGAUCUCACACGGUUGAUGGUGUACCGGUUGCAGGACUGAGACGAAGUCCUCGCAAGAAAAUUAAGCGUUCCCUUGAUACGAGUCCUUUAAGAACAAGAGGAUAUAAGAAAACGCCAGUUAAAGAAGCGAAAGCAUCUUCGAAAGGACUUCAAACUCCUAAAUUAAAAAAGAGUGGUGUUUUAGCUCCGGAGACUCCUGGAGACAAAAUUGGACGGACAAUCUUCAAUAGGAAGAGAAUAUGUAAAAGUACUGGCACAACUGUUGUAACAGAGAGCCCUGACAUUAAAAGGGCCUGCCGAACAACUCCACGCAAGCUGCGUGCAAGUUUAACUGUAACCAGGAGAAAUUCCUUUUACUCUGGUGGUCGGUCACGGAAUUGGGAGCGUGCUAAAACACAGUUGCUUGCAGAUCGCAUUCGUGGUAAAUCAGGUCAGCGCAAUAUUGAUCAGAAUUCACUUCAACAUACGAGUGCAAGUCAGUUGUUCACAGAGAUUCUUUCAAAUGGUGUUGAUAACCCAAGAGAUGACCAUAAGAAUCAGUUAACUAGAACUCCUGUUAGGCAUACUCUAAGCUUUGGACUUGAUGAUGCAGAGAGUGAAGAAAAUGAGAGGGCACCAUCCUAUGAGAAUCAAAACCACAGAUUGUCUGCCAGUGGUAAUCUGCAAGGUGACACACCUGCUAAGAAUACCAGAUCUGUUGAAAAAGCGAGAGUUCACCAUAAUCGGUCUCUUCGGUUAGAGUCAAGAACGACUCCAGUAAAGAACGUUAGAAGAGCAUUGUCACUGUCUACUCCUUCUAAAAGCUUCACUCAAAGUAAAACUGAUGAUGGUAUUGUUAGGUCAGAUGUCCCUCAAGGAAAAAAUACAAGUCCUAAUAGUGCUUCAAAACCAGGUGUAACCAGUCAGUUUCCUGAAACACCAAAACGUUUUAACACCAGCUUAUGUGAGAUGACACCUAGCAAAAGAGUACAGUUUAGUUUAACAUGUACUCCCAACAAAGCACCUGUUUCUAAUAAUUUUCAGACUCCUCGUGGUAAAAGUGGAUCUUUGUCAGAGACGCCAAUAACACCUAGGAGUAUUUUAAAGACUCCAAAGAAAUCUACAGAUGAAACGCCAUCUAAAGGAAGUUUUCUAAGUCCUGAUAUAUUCACCUCUUCCAAAGAAUGUCCAAGAUCUCCAGUUACUACACCUUUAAAAGCAUCAUUUUCCUCGGCACUUGCUCGUGAUCUUGAUACCCUAUGCGACUUGUCAAAUCGAAGUACUGACUCUCCAUUUUCUGGGUUCUCAGAUAAACAUGUGACUAUAAGUCAGAAUACCACACCCAUGAAGAUUGAUAAAAGUCAGAAUGCCACACCUUUGAAGAUUAGUAAAUGUCAUAAUGCAACACCUAGUAAGACUGCUAAAAAUCAAGUUACCUCACCCGUCAAAGUUGGUAAUAUUGCUUGCUAUGAAGAAAGUGAAGUUGAACUUGUAUCUCCUUUGAAGAAUAGUCAUGGGUCUUAUAAAGCAUCCCUGAUUUUACACAACACUCCAACCAAAAGGCAUCAAUCAGGGGAUAUAUUAGACACAAAGCCAUGUAAAUUAAACUUUGAAAAGGAAACAGACGAUUGUGGUGAUUAUGUAGAAAAUUCUUUGAACCUUGAUGGGGAACCCUUCAGUGGUGUAGGAAUACCACAGAUGGAUCCUAAAGAUGUUGAAUUUCUUAAUAAUCUGAUGUUUGGAAGUGAUUUGGAUCAGAAUCUGAAUGUGAGUGCUGAAAUAUGCGAAAAUAUUGAUGGUGAACUAGAGUGUGUUAAUAAUGUAAAAUUUAUGUCAAGUUCUUUAAAGUAUGGAGUGGAAUCCUCUGGGUAUGUUGGAAGUCAGUCAUUGGUAUCGCUUCCAGAUAAACAAGAAUGUCUAGAAGAUGUAGAUUUCAAAAUGAUUGAAAAAAAAGAUCAUCAAACAAGCUUACCCUCAUCAGAUACUAUUGAAAUGUCCCCGGAAAGUGAUAACAAAACUGUACUGCCUAGCCUGGACAGUAUUCUCUGUCAGCAUUUGGGUGAUGAUGAUGAUGAUAAUGAUGUCAGUGAUGAAGAAGCUGACAUUCCAACCAAAAGCAGUGAAAACUUAGAUUCCUGUCCAUCAGAAAGUAUGAAACCAUAUAAAGAUGAACUGCAACUAACUGAAAUGGAACGAAGCCCUUCAGUUAGCCCUGAAAUUCCUUUGGAUUAUGAACAACUCUCUCAUUAUUUGGGAAAGAGCAAUGUUUCAGAAUUGAAGAGUAGUGUUGAAACCAGUGAUGAACAAAAAAGGACAAGGAGCUGUAGUGAAAACCGUUUAUCAAACAGUAGGUCUGCCAAGAGAAAACUGACACUUGAUGAGGAAAAUGAAGAUGAAUUUGAACAAAUUUUCAAGCCAAGUGACAGUGGCCCCAAGGUAAAGGCUAAGAUACAAAGCAAUGUAAUGAAACCAGAUGAAGAAGAAAAAAUUCAAAUACUUGAAUCAGAAAUUAAGCAAGGUAAAUCAAGAUCACGGAGAACGAGGUAUGCCUCAUCAACUCCAAUAACUGGGGAUAGCUAUAAAAGAAAAAUAUCUAGCAGUGAUGGUUCUGGAACUGGUAACCAAGAAAAUAAAAGAAAGAAAAAGAGACCUAUGAGAAGAUGUUCUAGAAAGAAGGACAGGAGAAAGAGUGGAAGGCUUUGUAUAACAAAAAGGAAGUCUCUGAAGGAAAUUAGUAGUGACGAUGAAAACUUUGAAACUUAUGAAGUCCCUUUCCAUUUCAAAGAAAAGGGAAGGAUUUUUGAUGAUGAUUCUGAUUUUGAGUCGCCGGGGAAAAAUCUUAAAUUAAGCUGUUCUAAAAAGUUGCCAUUGAAAAACUUGGAAAAUUUGUGUAAUAGAGAUGCAGUUACAGAUAGCUGUACAGGUGACACUGAAGUUUAUCUGUCUGAAAGUUCAAAAGACCACUCAUUAGCUGGAACUCCUAAAACCCCUUGCAGGAAAGGGAGGGAGCAGAAGAUAGACAGAUACAUGUCUCCAGUUCAGAAGAGAAAAACCAAUUCUGUUGAUAUAGCACAAGAGCAUGAAACAGACAGGAAAAGUAAAACGAGACCACAGAUAGAGGAGCCUAAUGACUGGAAAAGGAUCAAACCAAGACAUAGCAUUGUUACAGAUGUGAAGAUUGUUAGAUCUAGAAAAAAUACAGUUUUAAAUUCUUCAGUAAAUGAAAAUGUUGGCGAUAAAAGGGCAUGUAAUAAUGGUGAUUUAAAGACACGAAAACGGAAGAGAAAGAGGGGAGUUAAACUAAAGCUCACAAAAAGUGGUGGUAAUUAUGAAGUGUCAAAUGUUGACAUAUCUCUCGGUAGCUCUGAUCGAAAUUCAAGCUCUGCUGACUCCCAAGUAAUUAGUGCUGAGACCUGCGAUAGUAAAAGCCCAGGUAGUGUUUCAAAAAGUGCCACUCCUUUCAAUAAGAAGAAGAAAAAGGCUAACAAAAAUCAUUGUAUGAUUACUCCACUAAGAUUUACUCGUCACAUGUCUAAAGAUCUGAGUGUUUCACCAGAACUCUUCUCUCAGUUGAUAGCUUUGUCGCCUGAGAAAAAGAGCCCAAAGGGAGAUACUGAAAUACCAAGUGAAAUUACUGUACCAGCCAAGAAAGCUGUUCAUAAUGAAAUUAGAAGACGCAGAAGAGCUCUCGUGAAACAUUUCAGUGGAAAAAGAAAUGUAGAAAGUACAAAUGAUCAUCCAGUCCAAUUAAAGAAAGAUAUUAUAACCUCAGAAUGGACAGUUCAGAAUAUUCCAGGGUCUCCGACACUAAAAACAUUUAUUCGUAAACAGAAGAAGAAGCGUGCAGUUGAUACAAGUCCACACAUUGAAUUGGCGUCUCUUGAAGAAUACAAUUAUGAUACACCUCUGAUUAAACCAAGUGUUAUGAGCUUGCUCCAUCUUUCAGUAUCACCAAUUGUUAGCCAGAAGAAGACUGAAGUCACAGAGCAGUCAUCUUGUGAUAAGACAAGGUCCAGGCCUCUUCGAAGACUGUACAAAGGUAGUGUGCAGAAUAGAGAUUAAUUUUUUUAUUUGAAGAAUCAUACCUGUGUUUUAUGAUUGUUGUGAGUUUUAUGAGAAAUGAUAGACCAUACUUGUAAAUUUUCAGUUUGUAUUAUUGUGUAUAGUUUGUAUAUUGGGAAAUCUUAGAGUUUUUAUUAUUGAGCUUUUCAGAGUGAUAUAUACUUUAUAGAGGUUCUUGAAUUGCAUGUUGCUUCUUUUCAGCAUUUGUAUCAUUUGUAAAUUUUUAAAUGCUUUUUAUUGAGACUGAGUAUUAAAUAAUGUUUGUUUUUUUGUUUUAAUUGGGUUUAAUUUUCUUGUAAUAUAUGCUUUAAUUUGUAUAUUGAAAUGAAUUUAUAUAAUAAAUUUUAUUUAAA